AUGUCGCUGGAAGAUAGUUUCAAGAAGAGCGCAGCCAAGCGCCGCAAGGAAUAUGACAUUAUUUACGAGCAGCUCCCAGUGCUGCUAGAGAAGAUGGACAUUCUAUUUCCUACGGGGAAGAAGACGGAAAGCUCCGAGCCGGAGAACAAAUCUGAAACAAAGAAGGUUGUCGCCCCGCUGCCAGCCGUGACGCCGGAGGAAAUAGGGGAGGGCUACAAGGAUCUGGAGGAGAGCAUCAAGGGAUUCAUCAAGGAUCUGGACGAUGCCGAGAAGGAGACCGAAGGCACGAGCCAGGCGGCAACGCCACCUUCAUCAGUGGAAGACGAGUGA